AUGAACGCGAAAGGAGAGACCAAAGUUAAAACUACUGACAUUGAUAAAUUCAAAGUUCAAUCAAUUUUAGAAACAAUACCAUUCAAUGAGAAAAUAACGCAAAUUCAACUGCAUCCAAAUUUGACAAAAGGCCCAUUACCAUCGAAAGCCGUCGAUGUGAUGUCUCAGUGGUAUUCUCAACAUGAACAAUCACCAUAUCCGUCGCGUAAGCUUCGUGAUUCAAUGGCUAAACAAGGUGGAAUUCAUGAGCAACAAGUAAAAACAUGGUUCUGUAAUAAGAGAAAUAGAACAUUGAAUACGAAAACAAAACGAAGGAAACGAAGUGACAGCAUAACAAUAGAAAAACAGAAAAUGGUUGAUCAUAUAAUGAACAUGUCUUCAGAUACAGUUCAAUUUCCAGCUGGACUCUCUCGUAUGCUUCAAGAUUAUGUUGUUGAUGCUUUACAAAAUCACAUUUCAUCAAAUCAGUUAUAUUCACACGCUGCAAAAUAUUUUGCUUCACGAAAAGAUCAACAGCCUCAAAUUACACAAACGAACUCAACAAACGGAAUAAGUGGGGAUGUUUUGGAUAAUUUUGCCGGUGCAAAUAAACAUCGCCGUCAAUCGGUAUGGGGCGGCACACCGGAUCCGAAUCGUGAUUUAUCCGAUCAAGAAAUUGAAAAAUCGCCGAAAGUGAAUGAAAAACUAUGUAAAAUGGUCAAAGAACAUGUGAUCUAUGUUGGUGAUGAUCCGGCACUUGUUGAACAAUUUGUUAAAUAUUUGGCACCACGUGAUGUUAAAAAAGAUGAAGAAGUUAUACGACAGGGUGACGAAGGUGAUUAUUUUUAUUGUGUUGAAAAUGGAAAAUUUGACGUAUUAGUUAAUAAUAAAAAAGUUUUUGAACUUGAUAAUAAAGGAUGCUUUGGAGAAAUUGCACUAUUGUAUAGUCAACCUCGAACAGCCACGGUUAAAGCAACAACUUCCGGUCGUGUAUGGCAAAUGUCCCGUGAUGUAUUUAGUACAUUAACUGUUUCAUUCGCCAUGAACCAACGAGAAAAAUAUAUGAAAUUUAUUAAAAAAGUCGAUUUUAUAUCAGAUUUCAUUUCGCGUGGAUGGUUAUCAGAGAAUAAACUUCAAGAUUUAGCGGAUGCACUGCGACCAAUAUAUUAUGAUCCAGAACAAAUUGUUUUACAACAAGGUGAUGAUCAAGUAAAUGAAAUGUAUUUUGUGGAAGAAGGAAAAGUGAAAGCAACAAGAAAAGAACAAGAUGGUAGAGAAAAACAAUUGAAAAUCUAUGAGGCCGGAACAUAUUUUGGUGAAUUAGCUUUGCUUGAAAAUAAGCCAAGAUAUGCAACAUUACAAGCAUUAGAGAAAUGUCGACUAGCUGCGCUAGACGCAAAAUCAUUUGAAAAUUUGUUAGGAACAGAAUUAAAAACAAAAUUAAGACAACAUGUUGAAACAUUAUAUACUAAAGGUGGCACAAAAUAG